AUGAGGCAUAUUUGUGGAGUGUAUAAGGGUUGUGGACUUGAGAGUGAAACGAUUGAUCACAUGCUUUUUAGGUGUCCUAGUGCUCAAUUAGUUUGGAAAAUUUGCCCCAUUAAUUGGCCUAAUUUAGAAAAUAUUGUGGAUUUUGCUGGUUGGUGGAAUGAUCUUUUUACAAAUGUUAAAAAAUACCCAGACUCUAUUGAGCUUAUUAAAUUGAGUUUCUCUAUUAUGUGGCAAAUUUGGAAGGCUAGAAAUUCGAAGAGUUUCAAUGGAGAAAUUUCUAAUCCUAAUGAUAUUGUUAACAAAGCUCUUUUUGAUUUCCAUGAAUAUGAAAGCAAUUUGAUCCCUCUAUUUUCCCCUAUAGUUAUACCUGCUUGUAAUGAUGAUAGAAAUAUAACUAUGGCACAAAAUGAUAUUGUUGUGUUUGCGGAUGCUAGUGUACAUAAGGAAAAGAAGACGACAAACAUUGGUGUGGUGGCAAUGGAUAGCUAUGGUAACCUGCUUCAUUACUUUGGUACCCCAAUUCAAUAUGUUGGGAAAGCCAUUACUGCUGAAGCAAUUGCAAUUCGUAUGGCGAUGGAGAAUGCUAGAGAAAAGGGGUAG